GACGCACUGCCUGAGCGGGUGCACAGGCGGCUUCCGGUGUGGGUGACGAGUGGUGGCCGAAGCAGGGGGACAUCAAGGGACGUUCAGGCAGGGACCAUGGCGGACGGCGGCUCGGAGCGGGCUGAUGGGCGCAUCGUCAAGAUGGAAGUGGACUACAGCGCCACAGUGGAUCAGCGACUGCCCGAGUGCGAGAAGCUGGCCAAGGAAGGAAGACUUCAAGAAGUCAUUGAAACCCUUCUCUCUUUGGAGAAACAGACCCGUACUGCUUCUGAUAUGGUGUCUACAUCCCGCAUCUUAGUUGCAGUAGUGAAAAUGUGCUAUGAGGCUAAAGAAUGGGAUUUACUUAAUGAAAAUAUUAUGCUUUUGUCAAAAAGACGGAGUCAGUUAAAACAAGCUGUUGCAAAAAUGGUUCAACAGUGUUGUACUUAUGUUGAGGAAAUCACGGACCUUCCAAUCAAACUUCGGUUAAUUGAUACUCUGCGAAUGGUAACAGAAGGAAAGAUUUAUGUUGAAAUUGAACGUGCUCGACUGACUAAGACAUUAGCAACUAUAAAAGAGCAAAAUGGUGACGUGAAAGAGGCAGCCUCCAUUUUACAAGAAUUACAGGUGGAAACCUAUGGGUCAAUGGAAAAGAAAGAGCGAGUGGAGUUUAUUUUGGAGCAAAUGAGGCUCUGCCUAGCUGUGAAGGAUUACAUUCGUACACAAAUCAUCAGCAAGAAAAUUAACACCAAAUUUUUCCAGGAAGAAAAUACAGAGAAAUUAAAGUUGAAAUAUUAUAACUUAAUGAUUCAGCUGGAUCAACAUGAGGGAUCCUAUUUGUCUAUUUGUAAGCACUACAGAGCAAUAUAUGAUACUCCCUGUAUACAGGCAGAAAGUGAAAAGUGGCAACAGGCUCUGAAAAGUGUUGUCCUCUAUGUGAUCUUGGCUCCUUUUGACAACGAACAGUCAGAUUUGGUUCACCGAAUAAGUGGUGACAAGAAGUUAGAAGAAAUUCCUAAAUACAAGGAUCUUUUAAAACUCUUUACUACAAUGGAGCUCAUGCGUUGGUCCACCCUUGUUGAAGACUAUGGGAUGGAGUUAAGGAAAGGGUCUCUUGAGAGUCCAGCGACUGAUGUUUUUGGUUCUACAGAGGAAGGCGAAAGGAGGUGGACAGACUUAAAGAACAGAGUCGUGGAACAUAAUAUUAGAAUAAUGGCGAAGUAUUACACCAGGAUAACAAUGAAGAGGAUGGCUCAGCUUCUCGAUCUGUCUGUUGAUGAGUCAGAAGCUUUUCUUUCAAAUCUAGUAGUUAACAAGACCAUCUUUGCUAAAGUAGACAGGUUGGCAGGAAUUAUCAACUUCCAGAGACCCAAGGAUCCAAAUAAUUUAUUAAAUGACUGGUCUCAGAAACUGAACUCACUGAUGUCUCUAGUUAACAAAACUACACACCUCAUAGCCAAAGAGGAGAUGAUACAUAACCUACAAUAAGGGUCUCAGUGCCCUUAAUGCUUUUAGGAAAGAGUUAAAAUUGGAAGUCAUAAAAGACUGUUAUGGUGUAUAUGUUGGGUUUGUUGUGUUUUUUUUUUUUUCUAUUCCCAGCUCCUUUGUCUAAAAUUUAAGAUAGUGAAUAUGUUUAAGGCCCCUUUCAACCCUUCAGUUCCCUGAUUUUAUCGUUAACUUUGCAUUUGCAAUUGGUGCAAAAAAAAUUUCUAUUUCUGUUGUCUAUGAACUCAAACAAUUGUGUCAUAACUUACCCAAAUGUGUUUUUCUAUCAUUUGAAAACUUUUUAGCUAUUAUUUGUUCUCAUUCAGCUAACAACCAUAAUUAUCAUAAUAAAAGCAGUAUAUGCACAUUGACUUUCUAUAGUUACCUGUGUUUCUGAACAUUUUGUGGGAUAGUGAUUUAACUAUUUUUUAAAUAAAAGAAAUUCUGUUGUAAAGCUAUCAAUUAUGUAGUAGAAUUUUAAAAAUGACAUAGGACAUAGAAUAUUUGGGAUAGAGUUGUGAUUUGUGAAGAAUUUGUAUUUUAGUAUUGUGGCAGAAAGCCUCUAGACUGAGUAUGUAUAGAGUUAGAGUGAUCUGGUAGGCUGAAGACUUAAUAUAGACAUAAUUGUUUUUUCCCUCUGAGUCAAACUGGUUUCAAUCACAGUAGCUUGAUUAUUUUCAUUCCCUUUCUCUGACUUGACCAGUUGUUAAACAAAAUGAAAUGACAUUGUGUUGAUUUAACACACAAUUUAACACACACAGUCAUUUUUAAAAGAUUUCUUUGUGACUUUCACUUAUAGAUCUAAUUAUAUCAAUGUUCCAAAUUCAUUCCCUCUUUAUAGGAACUUUAGUUCCAUUAUAUGGACACUGGAUUACAACCUAAAAUGCUUUAAAAAAAAUGACAACAAAAAGACUCAGUCACCCUCUUAGCAAAUGGCAUAGUAUUGGUUUUUUUUUUAUAACAAGUUUUACUAUCAAACAUCUGAGAUCAAUUAAUAGCAAAUUUUUGAAGUUUUUAAAAAUGUGAUUUAUUUCAAGGAAAACUGAAGGUUAUUUAAAAUGAUGUUUAAACAAUGAAAGUAUGAGGUCUACUUUUUUAAAAAAUCCAAAUGAAGGGAUGGGAGAAAAAAGACAUUCUGGAAAUAGCAUUUUUCAUAAUUCAUUUUCAUUUAGUGGUCACUAAAUUGUCCUAGUCUGUGAUCCCAUGGCUGAGGACACUUGUGGGACCUCUGCUAUUUAUGUUGAGUCAUUGUGAGUAAUAACCUAGUAUUAAAUCUAAUUCUAUUAUUUGGAAAUUUAAUGUAUUGGUCACAUUAAUAACAUAAACAUCUGCUACCACUUAUCUUUAAAAAUCUAACCAAAAAUAUGGCAAGAAACAUCAGAAGUUCACACCAGCAAUAGGAAUAUGGUUUAAAUUUUCUUCUGAGUGAAAAGGAUAGAAAAUGAAAUCAUCUUGUAUUGUUAAUUUGUAAAUCAAGUUGGAGCUAAUUUGAAUCUAGCUUCUCAUUAACUUGCUAACUCAUUAUCCCUGUACUUGCCAAACCUGGCUAUUUGGCCAAAUACUUGAUUGUUGUAAAGAUCUCAAAUGAUCCUCUUCUUUGGUCUUUAUUUAACAUGCUUGCCCUCAAACUAAGCUCUUUGUUCUGAGUUGGUGCCAUUUGUAACUGAAUCCCAUUUGAUUUAACUGCCUAUCCAGUUGGUUUUUUUCUCCUCCGAGCAAACUUAAAUUUCGUAGUGUUACAAAGAAGAAUCCGUUAACACAGGGCAAUAAAAUAUUUGAGAUGUUCGAAAGCCAAAUCCUGGCUUCCAUUUCAGACCUAAAGCUGACUAUUCAUGAAAAGGAUAGAACCACUUUGCUUUAAAUAUGGGAAAGAUAAUACUUGACUCAUUUUCACUUUCAUUAGGUUACUAACUAGCAGAGAGAUGAUAAGCCACUGUUUUUUGUUUUCAUUUUUUAAAUGAAACGUUUUUUACCCUUUUAUUUUUAUAUAAUUUAUGUUUUUAUUUUAGAGUUCAAUAGCUGUUUCUGUAAUUAACCCUAAUUUCCAUAUGCUUACUGAAUCAUUGAAAAACUAAUCUUUAAAAUUCUAACUGUUCCAUUAUCUUAUAAGUGUUACAUGUAUGAUACAAGUACAUAUUUUUCAUUGUUUCCAGCUCCUGGAUAUAGCUGCAAUAAAAGCUCUAAUUUGUGGGUGUGUAAAAACCUGGAGAAUAAACUCAUACUUUUAAAGAUCA